AAUGACAAUUCUCUUAAAACUCUCCUACACUGAACAUACUCACUUGAGAAAACAAAUGUCGCUUUUUGUUUAAAACUUCAUUAAUUGUGUAAAAACAACAAUUAAACAUAAAUUAUUUGAAAUUAUCAUCAAUAAUACCACACAAAGGAAUAAUAUUAAGCUCACCCCAACAACAACAAAACAGGAAAACGACCACACCAUGCACGAGGAGGAGGACAGUAAUAUGGGCGAGGAUUCGUCGUCGACAACAUCCCAUAAAACAGAGAAAAAGGACACAGAACAGCAACAACAACAGCAGCAGCAAUCACCACCAAUGUCCGAUGAAGAACCAGAAGAGCCACCUCCAUCUUUUAGCUUAGCCACAUUAGGUCUACAGCGUGUGGGCACGGCGCCACCACCUAAACCGCAACCCCAGCAACCCAUACAAAUGCUCAAUGCACGUGGUAUGCCGGCAAGAAUACGUAAACGCAAUCGACUCUUUUUCGACGAUGACAUUAUCAACGAUGACAAACCUUUGCGGAUGAGUCUGUCACCGCGUAAGAAUUCUCUAAAAAUGAAUUCACCGCACAAGACACCGACAAAGAUUUUGAAAAAACGUAAAGGGGUCGCAUCACGCUAUAUGCGAUCCGAUGAAAAACGUCACCAUUCACCGUCCACAUCAUCGGGUGGCCGGGGUGGCAAUUCGCUUAACACCACCCCCAAAUCGGGAUCUGGUCGCAAUAAUCCCAGCACACUAAGUGGUAGUUCCCUGGGUUCUAUUAUACCAGCAGAUAAGAAAAUUGGCCAAAGGAUUGGUUUGCGUCUACGCAAUCUUUUGAAAUUACCCAAAGCCCAUAAAUGGGUGAUUUAUGAAUGGUUCUACUCGUUCAUAGAUAAACCCUUGUUUGAGGGUGAAAAUGAUUUUCAGGUUUGUCUCGCCGAAUCAUUUCCCAAUCUGCGUACCCGGCAAUUGACUCGGGCCGAAUGGCAAAAGGUGCGUUCAUUGAUGGGCAAACCACGUCGUUGUUCGCAGGCCUUUUUCGAUGAGGAGCGGCGAGAAUUGGAAAAGAAACGGCAAAAAAUGCGUUUCAUGCAAAGUCGCCGAUCGGGUGAGGUCAAGGAUAUGAAUUUCCUUAGAGAUUUGCCCGAUAAAAUACCGCUAACAUUGCCGGUGGGCACCAAGGUCACGGCAAGAUUACGGGUACCACAAGAUGGUAUAUUCAGCGGUACUGUGGAUGCUUUCGAAUCCAUGACAUCAUCGUAUCGUGUCACAUUUGAUCGUCCCGGCUUGGGUACCCACUCCAUACCAGACUAUGAAAUUGUUUCGGAGAACUUUAAUGAAAUGUUACCCUUGCAGUGUAUCACCAAAGAUUUCCGACCCAGUCUGAUGAGUGUCUACAAUGGAGCCACCCGAAACACAAUGUCACCAAUGCGUGCGGGUGGUGGGGGCUUACGCCAGGUACGUUCCUCCUACAACAUGAAUUUGAAUAAAAGUGAUCCUCUGUUGGGUGAGGUCAUUGACAGUCCCUUUAAGAAUCCCAUCAUACGAGAGGAGAAUAUUAACGGCUAUCCGCCCAAAUUACUCGAGACCUUGGUGCGCCUAAAACGGGCCUUGAAAAUCAAACAAUCCAAGUUGGUGCGUCUCAAUGAUAUGAAUAAUGAAGCGGAAUUAAAAGUGUCACAGCAACUGGUAGCUGCCCACAAUAAUUCGGGAUCCUCGUCAUCGGAUGAAAGCCAAAAUGUAAAUGCCGCCGAUGCGAAUGGACCUCAGCUAAGUGAAGAAUUCCAAAGGCGUUAUGCAUCCAUCAUAAUUUCAAUGGAGAAAAUGAAUCGUGACAUCCAGGACUAUCUCAAUGAAGUGCAAUCCUUUGCCUCGGACAUAACAAGGGAUCCCACAGUCCAGGCCAUGUUGACACCGUCGUAUUUGCGUGAAAAAUGUCGAGAGGCAGCCGAGGAGGCUGUGCAGCGCAAUAGCCAAGGUAUUCUAAAGAAUAAAAACAUUCUAAGUCUCAUCAAGAAAUUGGCAACUGUGCUCCUGGUUGCCUCCCAUUUGAGCAGCGAAAACUCGGCCCAAGUCAAUAAGGUACUUGAGGGCUGUAUUGAGGAAGUGCGUUCAAGUUUGUGUGGCGUCAAUGUGGAAACGUUCCAGAAACAUGUGCAAAUACAUUUACAUCAUAUUCGCUUGGGCAUUGGCCAGAGCAUGAUGAAUACGAGUGCCAACAUGAUGAGUGUUAGUGGUGGUGGAGGAGGCGUAGGAAACGUAGAGCGUUGAAUAGAAAUUGGUGGCGUAUUACCGAAAGGAUGUUCUUUAUUUUUGUUUCACAUUUUUCCAAACACACACACACACACAUUUUGUUUGAUUGUGGAUAUUCUUAUUUUAUACCUUAAUUGUUCAGUUCUCAUUACGUACUCUUGUAUAAAUAAAUAAAUAUAUGGUGACUUUUUAACAAACAAA